CAUGUUAAUGUUAUUGAUAAUCUUAAAUACGAAUUCAUCAUCUUGCUUGGCAAAGCGAUGACGCCUCAAGGGACUAAGUACUUCGUAGAGUGACUCGUAGCGUACAGCGUGACUCGUUACUUAUAACGAGUUUACGACAAGUGCCCUCGCCACCGGCAGCAGUGGCACUUUAAGCUAACUAGCUGUAGCCGCUAACGUCAAGCGUCCCCCAGCAGGUUAACAAAACAAACAGUGCUGUCAUUGUAGGUCAUUAACGCUAUUCUGAGCGGUUACUGUUAGAAUAUAGCACGUAUUGACUGAAGACGGCCGCUGGCUGGUCGACUACACUGACAGCUAGCUGGCAUUAACUGUAGGUUAGCCAUCUAGCUAACCUAGUUACAACUGGGCGUUGGUUUACAUACAACCGACCGUUUUACAACUUUAUUAAUCACUCUCUGUAUUUUUACAUGUUCUACGGAUAUAGUAGUUAUAUGUGACACAGCUUCAUCCCCCUCUUUCCCUCUCAGCAUGGCUGCAGACUCGAUGGAGAUUGACGAUUCUCUUUACAGCCGCCAGCGAUAUGUGCUGGGUGACAAUGCUAUGCACCAGAUGGCCCAAUCUUCAGUCUUUCUCAGUGGAAUGGGAGGACUGGGGAUAGAGAUUGCAAAGAAUAUUGUCCUGGCUGGAGUGAAGACAGUCACCCUUCAUGACACAAAGCAAUGCGAGAUGUUGGAUUUGGGCUCAAAUUUCUUUAUCCGCAAAGAGGAUGUGUUGAACCAGAGGAAGAGGGUUGAGGCAGUGUGCCCUCGGGUUGCAGAGUUGAACCCCUAUGUUCAUGUUGACCUGUCUUCCUCUGCUCUGGAUGACAACACUGAUCUCAGUUUUCUCAGAAAGUAUCAGUGUGUAAUUCUGACUGAAACCAGAUUGCGUUUACAGAAGAGAGUGAAUGACUUCUGCCACUCACAACGACCUCCCAUCAGAUUCAUCGGCUGUGACGCACAUGGCAUCUGUGUGCGGGUGUUUUGUGAUUUUGGGGAGGAGUUUGAAGUGUCUGAUCCCACAGGAGAAGAGCCCAAGGAUAUCUUCAUCCAAAGUAUUACACAGGACAAUCCGGGGGUGGUGACCUGCAUGGACAACCAACCACAUGGCCUACAAACCGGCCAGAGUGUUGUUUUCAGAGAGAUCAAUGGCAUGGUUGAACUCAACAACACAGCACGACAAGUAUCAGUCCUCUCCCCUCACAGUUUUGCAAUAGGAGAUACAUCCCAACUUCAGCCAUAUGCACAUGGAGGGUUCUUUGUCCUGGUGAAAACCCCUAAGACAUACAGAUUUGAGACUAUGGAGAGACAGUUGUGUGAACCUCAGGUCCUGACUCCAGACUUCAGUAAACCAGAGGCUCCACUACAGAUCCAUGCAGCCAUGCUGGCUUUAGACGCCUUCCAGGAGCAACACAGCAGACUUCCCAACACUGGGUGUUUACAGGAUGCUGAGGUUUUAUUGAAGCUAACUGAGGAGGUUAAUGCAACUCUCAGGAACAAAGCGCCUGUGAAUGUUGAGCUGGUGCGCUGCCUGUCAAGGACAGCCAGGGGAACUCUCCCUCCAUUAGCAGCAGCCGUAGGAGGUCUAGCCAGCCAGGAAGCUCUUAAGGCCAUCACAGGGAAGUUCGCACCACUGCAGCAAUGGUUUUACCUUGAUGCUAUCGAGGUAGUCAAGCCACUUCAGUCACUUUCAGCUGAGGAGUUUUUCCCUAGGGGCGAUCGGUACGAUGGACUACGAGCCUGCAUCGGCGAAUCUUUGUGUCUUGAACUGCAUAAGCUCAGGGUCUUCAUGGUUGGCUGUGGAGCCAUAGGCUGUGAGAUGUUGAAAAACUUUGCCUUGCUUGGGGUUGGUCUGACUCAGAGCUCUGGAGUGGUGUGCAUAACUGAUCCAGACCUCAUAGAAAAAUCCAACCUUAAUAGGCAGUUUCUCUUUAGACCGCAUCAUAUACAGAAACCGAAGAGUACCACAGCAGCAGAAGCCACUCGCGAUAUAAACCCAGAUCUGCAGGUGGACGCUCACCUCAACAAAGUGUGUCCAGCCACUGAGAAUAUCUACAAUGACUCUUUCUAUUCCCACCUGAACCUAGUGGUCACCGCACUAGACAACGUGGAGGCGAGGAGAUAUGUAGACAGCCGGUGUGUAUCUAAUCAGAGACCUCUCCUUGACUCUGGCACCAUGGGAACUAAAGGACACACAGAAAUCAUUGUGCCAAAUUUGACAGAGUCCUACAAUAGCCAUAGAGAUCCACCAGAGGAGGAAAUCCCUUUCUGCACUCUCAAGUCUUUCCCUUCUGUCAUUGAACACACCAUCCAGUGGGCCAGAGACAAGUUUGAGAAUGCGUUUGUCCACAAGCCCUCCAUGUACAAUUCCUUCUGGCAGACCCACUCCUCUGCUCAAGUGGUUCUUCAGAGGAUGCAGGCAGGGGAGAGUCUGGAGGGGUCGUUUCAGGUCGUUAAGCUCCUGAGCAGACGGCCUAGCCAGUGGGAACAGUGCAUCGCCAUUGCUCGUGUGAAAUUUGAAAAAUAUUUUAAGAGAAAGGCCCUUCAGCUGUUGCACUCUUUCCCUCUGGACACCAGGUUAAAAGAUGGAAGUUUGUUCUGGCAGUCUCCAAAAAGACCUCCAGCACCUAUUGAUUUUGAUUUGAAAGAUCCGUUGCACUUAACCUUCAUUGUCAGCACUGCACGGCUCUUUGCAGGCAUUUAUAACAUCCCUUAUUCAGAAAAGGAUCUAUCCAAAGAAGCAGUGACCAGGAUUCUCUUGGGUGUCUCAAUUCCUGAGUACAGGCCCCUAGAGAAAUGCAUAGAGACGGACGAGGCAGCAAAGAAGCCUGAUCAAACGAAGAUGCCUCUCACCAGUGAAGAGGAGAGAGAGACCAUUGCACAGCUGGAGCAGGCCAUUGCUGCUGACAGUGUGUCACCAGAGAAAUUACAGAUGAGCCCACAACAGUUUGAAAAGGAUGACGACAGCAACGGCCACAUAGACUUUGUCACUUCAGCCUCAGCUCUCAGAGCCAGGAUGUACUCCAUCGAGCCGGCUGACCGUCUCAAAACCAAACGAAUCGCUGGCAAGAUCAUCCCUGCUAUCGCCACAGCCACAGCUGCUGUUGCUGGACUGGUGGCUCUGGAGUUGAUCAAAGUGGUUGGAGGCUAUGGGUUUGAACUGUAUAAAAACUGCUUCUUCAACUUGGCGAUCCCUGUGGUGGUGCUCACUGAGACUGCCCCAGUUAAACGCACACUCAUCAGGGAUGACAUCUACUUCUCCAUCUGGGAUUAUUGGACUGUCUUUGGCCAUGAGGACUUCACACUCUCCGACUUUAUGAAUACAGUGAGGGAGAAGUAUGGAAUUGAACCUACUAUGGUUGUCCAUGGUGUGAAGAUGCUCUAUGUGCCUGUCAUGCCCGGACACUCAAAAAGGCUCAAACUGACGAUGCAGAAGCUUAUCAAGCCAUCGGUGGACCGCCGCUACGUUGACCUCACCGUGUCAUUUGCUCCCGAAGCGGACGGAGACGAGGACCUACCCGGGCCGCCUGUCAGGUACUAUUUCAGUCGCAACGGAGAGACCCCCUGACAACUUCCUGGAUGUCCUGCUCAACCUCUGGUGUCCUUACCUCCCCAUCAUAUAAACUAUCAUGCCCCAAUUACCUGGGUGAGGGCCGAGCGCUUUCCCACGGGAUGUCAUCAGACAGGAGUAAAGAUCCUGGCCUCUGCACACGCUCCUUGUACUACAUGGAGCAAGACAAGGCCAGUCCUGGUUUUAGUUUUUCUUGCCUCAGAUAUAGCCAGUGGAACACAAAGCUGCGUGAGUAGCACUCAACUGUACCUGUGUACAUACAUUUUCUCUGUUCUGUUUUUUACUCUGGUGAAAUGCACAGCUAUGCCUGUGUCAAUGCCUUAAUUGACUGACAACAUUUUCUUUGUUUGUGGCAGUGAGUCCAACUAAAACUUUGUUUACAGAACCUGUGUACAGCCCCAUUAGUCCUGUAUCUGUCAAAAUGUGCUAGGCCCUACCAUGGAUGUGUAGUCUUAUGGCAUCUUCUUCUUCCUCAUAGCCCUCAGACUGGCUUUGAAAAAAUUGCCAAUCACAAAAUUUACCCGUUGUUUAUCUAACGUGUCAGGCCAAUAAUUGUAUGUAUUUAAAUGUACAACAGAGAAAACACCAAAGAUACUGAUUAUCAUUGUGUCUUCAGAUAAUUGCUUUCUUUAAUGUCGAGUUCAUCACAGGGUCUGGGUAUAACCAAACAUUGAUGAACACCACACACUGCUGCAUCAUGACACCUGGCUUAUUGAUGAGCAUCAGCUCUUUGGAAAAGCAACAAUUUUACCACAUUGUGCCCCAGUCAACUGACAUGAUGCAGCUGAUGUGCGGUGCCCAAUAUAAAACAAAAGUAAUAUGCGGAAAACACAGUUUAUUUGUAGCUGCUGAUCUUACCCAUUGUUAAAUUCCCAGGUAAUGACUGCACUGACAUCAGUUAACACAUUUGGAUCACACUCCAAAUCCUUUGUUCCUUUUUUAAUGUAUUUAUUUUUGUCAGUUCUUGUGUCAAACUGAGCCUGUGUUGAUGAGCUCUGAGUCAUGGUGCACUGGUUACUUGUUAAUCAACUCUAAACACAAAAGUGUUAAGAUGAAGGUGUAAAUUGCCCUGCUAUUAGAACUUCCAUUGACAUAUAUUGGCAGCAAUUUCAGUGUAAUUGUAUUGAGGCCCACCAGUAAGUAAAAUCUGCUAAGGAUUUUAGGUUAUGAUGUGUUUCUUAAAUCAAUUAAGAAUAAAGUCUAAUAAAACGCUUCCUUAGCCACUUUGUCUCAUGACCCUGAUCACAGCUGGUGAAUUUCACUCUGCACAGGAAGUCACUCAGAAGGAUUCUAGUCCAGUAAAUGUUGUGUUAACGAGUCACAGUGAUGCUGUUUGUUCUUGUCACAGACCACUCACCCAAUGGUCCAAUAAAAUGUGAGCAUCAGGAUG